AUGCCGCCGGCGGCAGGUCAUCACACACAUGGCCCUACGAUGGAGGGCGGUAAGACAUUCUGUCUGGUGUGCUUGGCGCAGGGCCAGCGUACACUGCUCAAACCCAAGAAGGCAAAGAAGGGGCUGCAUAAGGGUCAGUGGUAUGUCAACUGCUUUCAUAGAUGUCACCCUCCCAAGCCUGGCAAGCCCGGCAAGAGGGCCUCCAGUUGGUAUUUCUGGCCUGAAGGGGUCAAACCGCUGGGAGUGGUUGGGGACGGGCCAGUCGAGUCCGUUCCGAGCACACCCUCAUCCUCGCCGCUUCAGAACCCUACCUUGUCAACAUCGUUCUCCUCGUCCAGCUCUCUUCAUCUUGAUGACCUUCCGCCUUCAAUCUCUGCUCAGGCGCCAGAACCUCCCCUGCAUCAUGACUGGGUGCUCCCCACUCAUUCCUAUCCGAUUCAGCCUAUCAUACAGCACCCCUCUUUCCCUCCACCGUCGUCCUCAUCCGCCAACAAUCCUAUUCUCCUUGUGCCUCAGUCGCAGCCGCCUCCAGCCCUUCCCCUGCCCCUACCGUCAACACAGCCUCUCCCUCAGUCGCAGCCAGCACCAGGCGCCUUCAAGUGCGCGUUCAGCAGCGAGUGCGGCAGGGUCACCUCGUCGAAGGGAUGCUGCCAGCGUCCGCUCUCGCCUCUCCGGCGAGGGUUUGCCUCGAGCUCCAGAUAUCUCAGCGUCGGGCACGGACAUGACUCCACUCCCUCCACCUCCUCCGCCGCCUCCAUCCCACACCACUGGCUGUGUGAUUACAUGUAA